CGUCUCGUCUGAUGGUUUGAGCUGAUUCUGUGCUGUCUGGACUGUAUCUGGGUGUUUGUCUCUUUAAGUGUCAGUCGUGUGUGUGAAUAUGGCGGAGGACAGCGAGUCUUCAGCUGGUGGCGGGUCGGCUGAGGUCCGGAUGGUUCUUUUGGGUCAGACGGGCUCAGGUCGGAGUUCAUCUGGAAACACGAUUCUGGGUCGCUCCGCCUUCUGGUCGGAUGUGUCGCCCCUGUCGGUCACCAGCCGGUGUCAGCGUUCAGGGGGCGUGGUGGAUGGGCGGAGCCUGCGGUUGAUUGACACCCCGGGGUUCUUCCACACCUGUCUCAGCCCGGAUGAGGUGCGCGCGGAGCUGAGCCGGUGCGUGGAGCUGAGCGCGCCCGGACCGCACGUGUUCCUGCUGGUGCUGCGCGCCGGACGCGUGACGCGCGAGAGCAGCGCCGCUCUGGACUGGGUCAGCGCCGCGUUCGGACCGCAAGCCCUCCGCUUCACCACGGUCCUGAUCACGAGCGGCGACGCGCUCCGAGACAAACCCGCCGACGUCUUCCUGAAGGAGAGCGAGGAAUUAUGGGAGUUUGUGUGCAGCUGCGCAGGCGGCUAUCACGUGUUUGACAACACUAAAGGUGCCGAGGAGAGGUCGCAGGUCACCGAGCUGCUGGAGAAGACGGAUCUGCUGAUGGAGCGUAACGCAGGAGCACAUUACACCGCUGACAUGCUGCUGCAGGCUGACACUGCUGUACGCCACACGCAGCAGAGGAUUCUGGGAGACGAUCAGGAGGAGGAUGAAGAGGCCAGGAAGAGGACAGAGGGUCUGUUCUGGUACGAGCUGCUGACGGCUAUGGGCCGCGGUGCGGUGGAGGCGUCCGGCGUGAUGGAGAAGGGGAAGGGCAAGGGGAAGAAGGUCAAAGCUGUGCAGAGGGUGGCGGCCAUCGCCUCCACACCGCUGUCAAUCACAAGCGCUGCUAAAGUGAUGGGCGGAGCCAUGAGAGAGGGAACCAAAGUACUGUACAAACACAAGAAGAUGCUCCUGCACUAACACACACACUUCAGAGACGACAUGAAUAAGCAGACAAAAAUAUGCAGCAUCAUCAUCAACACUUCCUCUAGAUGUGAUCAAAUGUUUGCACUACAAGAUAAUGCAUGAAUCUCCCCAACAAAACACAUCAUAAUAAAAUAAUCUCACAUAAUAUCCAGGACAUCUGCACCAAAAUCAAGAAAAUGGGGCCUAUUUUAAGACCAUUAAUAUUUUUUUUGUGUGUGUGAUAUAUGUAAUAAAGCUCUUUCAAAACAUACUGAUAUGCAUAUUUAAAAAAAAAAAAAAAUUCAAUGUAUUUUAAUUAAAAGUAUUUGUUAUAUAUAAAUAUAUACAUACAAAAUGUAGCUAUAAUACAUGUACAUAUUUAAAUGUUCUUAAUUUGUAGACAAGAAAAUGCAAAAAAAUUACUGCUUUAUGACUUCAUUUAUGACUGCUUGAUUGUUAACGUCUGUUUAAUGAUCACGAAUGUCUGACUCACUUGAUGAAUGAAUAAAGAUUGAUGAAAUAAAGAGGCGUGACCCAGA